AUGUGGACGUCCACAUGCGGCCUGAGUGGUCGGCCGCUCCGGUUGUUUAUCACCUUUACCGCCGUCGUGGGUUUCUCGCUCUUCGGAUACAACCAGGGUAUGAUGGCUGGUCUACUCAACGGAAAGGAGUUCGUGCGCUCUUUCCCCAUUCUCGCCAUGCCCGCAGAGCCUACCGCUUCGGAAAAACACUACAUCGAUGUCAUUCGCGGCGCUGUCACCUCCUGCUACGAGCUUGGAUGCUUCUUCGGCGCGAUGUUCUCCAUGUUCUUCGGUGACAGACUGGGCCGUACUCGCCUCAUCGCCAUGGGUGCCAGCACCCUCAUCGUCGGCGCCCUCCUUACAACCGUCUGCUUCACCGGUAGCUGGGAGGUCGGUCAGUUCGUCAUCGGCCGUGUUGUAUCAGGUAUUGGAAAUGGUAUGAACACAGCCACUAUCCCGGUCUGGCAAUCAGAGUGCUCCGGUGCCCACAACCGAGGCUUCUUGGUCUGCUUCGAGGGCGCCAUGAUUGCUGGCGGUACUUUCAUUGCUUACUGGGCUGUCUUCGGUCUCUCCCACGCCGCCGGCAGUGUCCAGUGGCGAUUCCCUGUGGCGCUCCAGAUCUUCUUUGCUCUGAUCGUCGCCAUUGGUGCCUUGCUUCUCCCCGAUUCGCCAUCUUGGUUUGUGAAGAGAGGAUUGGAUAAGGAGGCUUGUGAAGUCCUUGGAAAGCUCAAGGGUGCUUCUCCCGACUCUGACCAAGUCCUGUACGACUUCAACUUCCUGAAGACCGAUGUUGAAUCUUCAAAGAACACCCAGUCAAGCUGGAAGACCGUCUUCACUCGCGGCAAGACCCAAGAGUUCCAGCGCAUGCUUAUCGGUUGUUCCGGUCAGUUCUUCCAGCAAUUCACUGGCUGUAACGCGGCUAUCUACUACUCAACCCUCCUCUUCGAGGAGAACUUGCACCUGCCAAACUACCUGUCUCUGAUUAUGGGUGGAGUGUUCGCCACCGUUUACGCUAUCGCCACCAUCCCGUCCUUCUUCAUGAUUGAGAAGGUUGGUCGUCGCAACCUGUACUUGAUCGGUUUCCUCGGUCAGGGUCUGAGCUUUGUCAUCACAUUCGCUUGUUUGAUCGAUCAGAACGAGAACAACGCCAAGGGUGCUGCUGUUGGAAUUUUCCUCUUCAUCGUCUUCUUCGCAUUUACUCUGUUGCCUUUGCCCUGGAUUUACCCCCCGGAGAUCAACCCUCUCCGCACCCGUACCGUUGGUGCCGCGGCCUCGACUUGUACAAACUGGAUUUGCAACUUCGCCGUUGUCAUGUUCACUCCUCUCUUCGCUGGACAGAGUCCUUGGGGUGUCUACCUCUUCUUCGCGCUGUUCAACUUCCUCGGUCUCAUCUUCGGAUUCUUCUUCUACGUUGAAACUGCCGGCCGUGAGCUUGAGGAAGUCGACAUCAUCUACGCCAAGGCUCACGUCGAGGGCAAGAUGCCAUGGCGGGUCGCCAACGCCCUGCCCAAGCUCACCUUUGAGCAGAUCACUGAGUACUCUCGUGACCUGGGCCUGGACACCAACGACCACAGCACCGUUGAGAAGAACGAGCUUGGUCUCAGCAGUGACAGUGGUCACGAGAUCGAGGAAGUCCGUGAGAAAUGA